AUUACAGAUGACUCUCUUAUAUACACCAACCUCCUUAUCUUCACUCCGCAACCCUCUCCAGAUGGAGUGGUUCGCCAUGAGCAGGCCGUAGUUCCCAUUGAAUGUUAUUAUAGCAGAAGGUUUGACGUUACCAGUAACCCCAUCAGACCAACAUGGGUUCCUUAUAGUUCAACGCAAUCAGCAGUGGAGGAUUUGCAGUUUUCACUAAAGCUAAUGACAAGUGAUUGGCGCUCUGAACGGGCCUCUUCUGUGUACUUCCUGGGUGACAUCAUAAACAUAGAAGCCUCAGUUCAUCUGGGUCAUCACGUUAACCUCAGUGUAUAUUUUGAGAGCUGUGUUGCCACAGUGACCCCAGAUAUUACGUCUGUACCCAGAUACACGUUUAUUGAAAAUCAUGGUUGUUUGAUGGAUGGACAGAUAACAGGCUCAAAGUCUCGUUUCCUUCCCAGAAUCCAGAAUGAAAAACUCCAACUACAACUGGAUGCUUUCAAAUUCCACCAAGAGACAAAGCCAGAGAUGUACAUCACUUGUACUCUUCAAGCUUACUCUGUAAUGGAUGUAGUUAACCCCUUUCAUAAAGCAUGCUCCUUUAUCGAUGGAAGCUGGAAGGCUGCAGAUGGUGGUGACUGGGCUUGUUACAGCUGCCAAGCAACAAAAGAUUAUGCACCAUCCUUCCAUUCUACACUGCAACAAUCUGAGCCACCUUCUCCCGGACAAGACCAGACCUCAUCUUCCCAAAGGCCCAACAAAUUUCAGGCCAGGAUUCAGGAGGGUUCUGGAAGUUCCUUCAAAUCCUUGCUAACCGCAAGUGAGCCGGUUUUCUCCUGGAGGAACAUAAUUCUCCCAAAAGAGGAGGAUGAGGGAAUUGUUUCAGUGGGAUGGGAACAGGAGAAAACAGUGGGUCCACUAGCCAUCCUUCCAAAAAAAAUAAAAAUGGGAUUUCUGGCUCCUCCCAGAGUGAAGCAGGGUGUUCCACCAGUCCCUUCUCUCAGUAAAGAUAAGAAACCAAUACCUCAUAGUAGCCUAUGGAAGAAUGGUGUUUCUGCUGAGAUGGAUCAAGAGGGUGCUAUAACUCCUCAACCCUCAUUGGAAGCCACUGAGCAAGCUAAUAUCAUGGAAAUUAAACUAGAAUCCAAGAAGCUGGCAGAGGAGGAUGAAUAUGACCGUGAAGAUGGUGAUGAUAAAGAAGACCAUGAUGGUGGCCAUAGUCAAGACCAUGACUAUGAAGAGGAAAAAGGAAAGGCAAAAGAGGUUAAUCAAAGCAUGUGGAAGACUAGACUCUUGCCAGAAGAAGAUUUUAAAGAACUCUUCACAACUCGUGCCUCUAACAGUGAGGAAGACUCUGGACUGCAUACAUUAGGCACAAGCCCCUCCCUUCCAGAUGAAGAAGAGGGUACAUAUCACCCUUCUAAAGAUACCUAAACUUAUAAAGCAAAGGUUAUGAAUGCUGACAGAGAUGAAGCAAUUUCGCUGAGGUGGAGGAAAACCUUGUUCAUGAAACACACAAGCAGGAACCAAGGCAUAAGAGCUUUCACCAUUGCACUAAUUAAAUGGUUUCAUAAAUUAAA